ACAGUCAAUCAUCCUCUGGAAUUUCACAAGUCAUCCAUCCAUGACUAUGAUCCACGGUCUCCAUGUCGUCUGUGACGCCGAUUCCUUGAGUAUAUAAGUAAGAAUAACUCCCCUACAUCAUUUUCUCCGUCCCGAAAGCCUUUCUAAUCGUCCGACUUCGCUCGAAUCGUUGUUGAGCUAUCACUGUCCCACUUCGCUUCUCCAAAGCUUCUUUGUGUGUUGGUAAGCAGCCGCACCCACUUCCGUUUCCUUUCCCCUCACAUUUGCCUUUCAUUUCCUUCCCUUCAAAUUCGCAUCCCCUCAAGCCUUUCUUUUUCCGUCGCAUCCUCACGUAAUUUUCUUUCUCUAUUAAAGUCUUAAUCUUGCCUUUAAUCCUUGAUUAAUCACCUUUCUUUCUUUUUCUUUUAGUAGCCAUGGAUACGACCUCGCAUUCUACGCUGUUUUUAUGCGGCAAAUCAUCUUUCGAAACCGAAAUUGCCAAAUCAUUGAAAAUCAACGACGCUCUUAAGCUCCCAAACGGCGGCGAAGUUUCAACUCUUUUACAAUCGGAGAUUAAUAAUUUCCGAUUCGGGGAAGGGACUUUUAAUGUUGAGUUGUUUUUGAAUUCACUCUCGACUAACCGGUUCGGUCGGUUUCUUAUUUGGUCUCCGCGGUUGCCUUCCACGCACGACAUCGUUUCUCAUAAUUUUUGUGAGCUUCCAGUUGGUGCAGUUUGUGUAGCUGAUGUUCAGUUUAAAGGGCGAGGUCGGUCCAAGAACGCGUGGGAGUCUCCGGGGGGAUGCCUUAUGUUUUCGUUUACAUUACAAAUGGAGGAUGGAAAAAUUGUGCCUUUGGUUCAAUAUGUGGUGUCUCUCGCUGUGACGGAGGCUAUAAAGGAUGUUUGUGAUCGCAAUGGCUUUCCAUGUCUUGAUGUUAGGAUCAAGUGGCCAAAUGAUCUGUACUUAAAUGGCCUUAAAGUGGGAGGCAUUCUCUGCACAUCAACAUAUAAAUCAAAGAAGUUCAAUGUCAGUUCUGGUAUAGGUUUGAAUGUUGGUAAUGAGAAACCAACAACAUGCUUGAAUGCGGUAUUAAAAGAGCUUUCUACUACUUCUAUUGAAUUUAGAAGAGAAUAUAUUAUGGGUGCCUUCUUUAAUAAAUUCGAGAUGUUAUAUGAUAUUUUCAUAAAUCAAGGAUUUCAAACUCUUGAGGAGCUGUACUAUAGAACAUGGCUUCAUAGUGGGCAGAGAGUUAUUAUACAGGAAAAGAAUGAGGACAAAGUUGUGGAGAAUGUGGUUACUAUCCAGGGUUUGACAUCCUCUGGAUAUUUGUUAGCUAUUGGGGACGACUAUCAAAUGUGUGAGCUUCAUCCUGAUGGAAACAGUUUUGACUUCUUCAAAGGACUGGUCAGAAGAAAACUCGUUUGAAGAACAUUCCGUAGCACCUUCAACCGGAGACAAACUGCCAUGUUGUAACAUGUAAGCAACUCAGGAUACUCUCAAUCUUUUACAUUAUAACUUAUGUCCUAAUACUCAGAAGGUUUUUUUUUUUUUAAGUAACUUCAAUCUCAUGCAAUGUUGAAUUCAAAUAUGACCGAAUUAAUCAAUCAUUUGUUAGAAAUUUGGUGUCUGCUUUGCUACCUAUUUGUUGAAGAGAUAAAUAGUUCUAAUAUUAUUUUGUCUACCUCUAGGAUCACUCGAAGACAUGGUUAUUUUAAGUGGAUUAUUAUCUGUCCUAUGGCCGUAGGUUAAUUGUCCCAUCUUUGCCUCUAU